AGAGCAGCGACAGCGACAUGUGAGAUUGAGGACGAUGGCAGAGCAUGGCCUCGCUCACCACCAUCAUCUACAAGUCCUCCUCCCCCUGCUCUUCCUCCUCCUCCCCUCCAUGUUCGCCCACCGUCACUACUAGUUCACCGCGCCUGCAGUGCCACCCCCCCCCCCUCCCCACCCGUCAUCUGCUCCUUCCAUGGCUCUCUCCGCAUUCUCUUUCCCCUGCCAUUGCCUCGGCGCAGCUCCCUCCUUCACUGAUCUCCAACACCAGCAGCCCCUGCCCACGAGAGUUCUCAAGCCGAAGAAAAGGGCCUGUGUUUGUGCAUCGCUAUCAGAGACCGGGGAGUAUCAUUCACAGAGACCGCCAACUCCACUCCUCGACACCGUCAACUUCCCCAUCCACAUGAAGAAUCUCUCGGUCCGGGAGCUGAAGCAACUCGCCGACGAGCUCCGCUCUGAUAUCAUCUUCAACGUGUCUAGGACCGGCGGUCACCUCGGUUCCAGCCUCGGCGUGGUCGAGCUCACCGUCGCGCUCCACUACGUCUUCAACACUCCGCAGGACAAGAUCCUUUGGGAUGUCGGCCACCAGUCGUAUCCUCACAAGAUAUUGACGGGAAGGAGAGACAAGAUGGCGACAAUGAGGCAGACGAAUGGCUUGUCCGGGUUCACCAAGCGGUCGGAGAGCGAGUACGACUGCUUCGGUGCCGGCCACAGCUCGACCAGCAUAUCGGCAGCCCUCGGGAUGGCAGUCGGAAGGGAUCUGAAGGGGAGAAAGAACAACGUAGUGGCAGUGAUUGGGGACGGAGCCAUGACCGCGGGGCAAGCUUAUGAGGCCAUGAACAAUGCUGGCUAUCUCGACUCCGACAUGAUUGUGAUCUUGAAUGACAACAAGCAGGUCUCUCUGCCCACUGCAACUCUUGAUGGCCCUGUUCCUCCAGUUGGAGCUCUGAGCAGUGCCCUUAGCAGACUGCAGUCCUCCAAGCCACUCAGGGAACUGAGGGAGGUCGCUAAGGGAGUCACGAAGCAGAUCGGUGGAUCCAUGCACGAAAUAGCUGCCAAAGUCGACGAAUACGCUCGAGGAAUGAUCGGUGGAUCAGGGUCGACCUUGUUCGAAGAGCUCGGUCUCUACUACAUCGGUCCUGUCGAUGGGCACAACAUAGAUGACCUGGUCGCCAUUCUCAAGGACGUGAAGAGCACCAAGACGACAGGCCCUGUUCUCAUCCAUGUCGUGACCGAGAAGGGACGAGGGUAUCCCUACGCCGAGAAAGCUGCAGACAAGUAUCAUGGUGUCGCCAAAUUCGAUCCAGCGACAGGGAAGCAAUUCAAAUCGGGCUCCAAGACGCAGUCUUACACGAACUACUUCGCGGAGGCGUUGAUUGCCGAGGCGGAGGUGGACGAGGGCAUCGUCGCGAUCCACGCGGCCAUGGGAGGAGGAACAGGGCUCAACUACUUCCUUCGCUGCUACCCGACGAGGUGCUUCGACGUGGGGAUCGCGGAGCAGCACGCGGUCACGUUUGCGGCAGGGCUCGCCUGCGAAGGCCUCAAGCCAUUCUGCGCGAUCUACUCGUCGUUCCUGCAGCGGGCUUACGACCAGGUACAGCUCGAUCUCUCUUCGUUGCAGCGUCGCCGCCAUCGAUGCCGACUGAGGAGCUUGGAUUGCGUGGCGCAGGUGAUACACGACGUGGACUUGCAGAAGCUGCCGGUGAGGUUUGCGAUGGAUCGGGCGGGACUCGUCGGAGCGGACGGGCCGACUCACUGCGGCUCCUUCGAUGUCACCUACAUGGCUUGCCUACCGAACAUGGUGGUCAUGGCGCCCUCCGACGAAGCGGAGCUGUUCCACAUGGUGGCCACUGCGGCGGCCAUCGACGACCGGCCGUCCUGCUUCCGGUACCCCAGGGGCAACGGCAUCGGUGUUCCGCUUCCCCCCGGAAACAAGGGUAUUCCACUUGAGGUGGGGAAAGGGAGGAUACUGAAGGAGGGGGAGAGGGUGGCUCUUCUGGGAUACGGAACAGCAGUUCAAAGCUGCUUGGCCGCGGCAUCGCUGCUGGAGGACCGCGGCCUGAAGAUCACCGUCGCCGACGCACGGUUCUGCAAGCCACUCGACCGGAGCCUGAUCCGAAACCUGGCGAGGUCGCACGAGGUGCUCCUCACCGUGGAAGAAGGAUCCAUCGGCGGUUUCGGCUCCCACGUCGUCCAGUUCUUGGCCCUCGACGGCCUCCUCGACGGCACCCUCAAGUGGCGGCCGGUGGUUCUCCCGGAUCGGUACAUCGACCAUGGAUCGCCGCGCGAUCAGCUGGCGGAAGCUGGAUUGACGCCGUCUCAUAUCGCAGCGACUGUGCUCAACAUCCUCGGACAGACGCGAGAGGCACUCGAGAUCAUGUCUUAGGGAAAGCAUACGAAGAGCAACUCCUCGUAGCUUCUUCCUCCUCCUCUAACGUGCGUUGUAGAGAGAGUAUAGUCCAUGUGUACAUUGAUACUGUAGUAUAUUAAACAGCCUAUAAAACAUGAAAUUUAUGGGUUGAAUAGUA